GGGGCGAAGGCCUCAGGUCGGGGGAGCGAGAAUGGGCGGGGAGGAAACGGAGAUGGCCGAGCCCGGGGAAAGAAGCGAGACCAGCGGCGAGGAAGCCACGGUGCCUGCCCUCCAGCUCAAUGGAUACCUGGCCGGUAAAGAGCCGGACGACAGCGGCAACUGCCUCUCUUUGGUGACCGAGAAGGAUGCGGAGAUUGGAAGCAUCUCCGUUUCCUUUGCUGAUCUCGAGAAGUAUCCAGAAGCAGAAGCGAUGCUGUCUGACUGUACCGUGGCGGUGAAACUGACCCCUCGGCUUUCCAAACGGAGGCUGGUGGUGCUGGCCGUGUUCAGCUUCUACUCGCUAGUCAAUGCCUUCCAGUGGAUCCAGUACAGUAUAUUGACCAGUGUCUUCACUCGCUACUAUAAUGUUCAUUCUUCUGAAAUUGACUGGCUCUCCAUAUCAUAUAUGGUGGCAUAUGUGCCUCUCAUAUUUCCGGCCACUUGGUUGCUGGACAAGCGUGGCCUCCGUGUCACUGCCUUGCUGGGAUCUGGACUGAAUUGCUUGGGGGCCUGGAUUAAGUGUACCAGUGUCCAGCCACAUCUCUAUCUGGUCACUCUGCUGGCUCAGAUUGUGUGUUCCGUAGCCCAGGUCUUCAUUUUGGGCUUGCCCUCCCACAUUGCUUCUGUUUGGUUUGGACCCAAAGAAGUGUCCACUGCUUGUGCUGUAGCUGUUCUGGGCAAUCAGCUAGGCACAGCAAUUGGCUUUUUACUGCCUCCAGUUUUAGUUCCAAAUACAUAUGAUAACCUGGAUCUUAUGGGACAUAAUAUCAGCAUAAUGUUCUAUGGCACAGCAGGAGUAUCUACUUUCCUCUUUUUAUUAACAGCGGUUGUGUUUAAGGAAAAACCCAAAUAUCCCCCAAGUCAAUCUCAGGCUGUUCUCCUGGAUCCAUCUUCAAAAGAUCACUCCUAUAAACAAUCAAUACUCAAUUUGUUCAGGAAUUUUCCUUUUAUUCUUUUGCUGAUAAGCUAUGGAAUUAUGACUGGAGCCUUUUACUCAGUGUCAACUUUACUAAACCAAAUGAUAUUAGCUCACUAUGAGGGAGAAGAGAUAAAUGCAGGUAGGAUUGGCCUCACACUUGUGGUAGCUGGAAUGGUUGGCUCUAUUAUUUGUGGCUUAUGGCUGGAUCAUACCAAGACAUACAAACAGACCACAUUAGUUGUAUACAUCCUCUCUUUUGUUGGGAUGGUCAUAUUUACAUUCACGUUGAACUGUGGAAACCUUCUAGUUGUAUUUAUGACUGGUGGAGUACUUGGUUUCUUUAUGACAGGUUACCUGCCCCUUGGUUUUGAAUUUGCUGUGGAAAUAACAUACCCAGAGUCAGAAGGCACUUCAUCAGGGCUUUUGAAUGCUUCAGCACAGAUAUUUGGGAUCGUCUUUACAUUGAUCCAAGGGAAGCUUACAACAGAUUACAAUCCUCGUGCUGGAAAUAUUUUUCUCUGUGCAUGGAUGUUUAUAGGUAUCAUUUUAACAGCUUUAAUUAAAUCUGAUUUGCGAAGGCACAAUGUAAAUUCAGGGAUUGUAACUGGGGACAUUAAAUCUAUACCCACUAACAGUCCUAUUGAAGAUGAACACAAUAAAACAUCAAAAAACCAGUCAGAAUCAAAAAUGAAAAAUGAAAAAAACACUAGGCUCACAACUGACAUCUCUGUUAUAAUAAAAGAAAGUUAAUGGGAGAAUCACAAGAACUAUAAGCCUAAAAAUUGUGCUGAAUGGCAGGAGUUAGCAGUGAUUGUACACUAGAUAAAGGAAAAGAUUGUAUACACUUAAUGAACACAUUUUAACUUUAAAAUGAUAAUUUUCAACAAUUGUUUUAAGUUUCAGUGAUAAAAUUCCCAGGAAUUUUCCAUUUCUUAAUUGGAAAUUGUGCACUUUCAUAAAAUAUAUUAUGCUGUAAAUGAUAAAUUAGAAUCUCUUUUAUCAAAAUCUGCCGCAAGCUAAUCCACACUUGUAAUUCUUAUAUAGAAUGUGUGCAGUGAGCAAUUUGAUAUCAAUGAAAUAUGUGUUUUAACUUGUUUUUAUUUGAAGUACUGCCCUUCCUAUAGAAGGGAUUGUCUUUAGCACAAUAGACAGUAUAAGAAAUUCAUUUUUUUGGAUGUGAUAUACUGUAAAUCCUGGAUUUUGCCAAUUUUUUUGGCUUUGUAAGAGUUAUGGCUUAUGAAAUCUCUUUGUUUUGAAACACAAAUGAGUGAAUGGUAAACCCCCAAUUUCCAAGAAGUAUUUUAUAUUCUAAGUUAUUGAAGAUGAAGGCAAUUUGAAUUUUAGAGCACAGAACUAGAUAUUCAUUUCCUGGAUUUUUUUUUACAUUAUGAAAAUGAACAUACAUCUUUUUGUAUUAUGUGAAUCAUAAGAAAGUAUUGCCAGAUCAUAAAAAGGCAUAUGCAUGCCAUUGAGUUCUUUGCAUCAAUUUUGUGAAUUUGUGAAAAAGUAAAUGAAGAUAAUUUCUGGCAAAUACAAUAUAAUAAAAUAAAGCAGAACUCACAAUGGACUCUGUAAUAUUUCAUUAGUUAGGAAUGUGUGUAGAUUUAAAAUAACUACUGCUUAACAAAAAGUAGAUUUACAUGAUAUGGAAAAUUGCCAGUGGGUGUUUUCAGCCUAUUAGUUCGAUAGAAGUAUGACAAUAUUUUGUGUACAUUUAAGAAGAAUUACCAUGUAUUAAAUGUUCGCAUCAUGUCCUUUGGCUUACCUAGAAAUAAAUCAACAUAAACCUUUAGAUCUUUUUCACCUUUAAAAGAAGGGUGAAAGUGAAUGACUUGCUGUUUUGCUGAGUCCACUGCUCCUGAUGUUCUUGUUUUACAAGUAAGCAUGGUAAUAAUAAGACUUCAUUUUCACAUGAGGAAUAAAUGUUGCUUCAAUGCUAACAUAUACAUACACCUGUGCCUAAUAAUUUGUAAGGAAAAACAUAAUCAAAUCACAUUUCUAUCCCAGAUAUCAGAAAAAAACUAUAUCCUCUUUUUCUUUCUUUAAAAUUUAUAGGAUGUAAAAGUACUUAAAUUUCGCUAGAUCAUACCAAUAUUUGCAACAAUCAGUAUUUAUCAAAAUGGCCAACAAAUGGUAGCAUUAGUAGUAUUUAUUGAAAUAGUGGCAUUAGAAGUAUUUACUGUUCUUUUCUGCAGUCUUUAGUGAGACAAAUGGAACAAUUAUCCCAAACUCCUACAUAACUAUUCUGUUGUUCAGCAAUCUGCAUUUUUUUAUCUUGUUGAAUGUUGUAUUUAAAGAUAACCUUAUUCUCGGUAUUGAACAAACGUAUUAUAUGAUGAAUAGAUUUAUAUAAUUUAUUAGAACAGUUCAGUGGUUGUCUGGUGGCUAACUAACUAGCUUGCUUGCUUAUUUAUUUGUAAUCACAUUUCUAUGAUAUGAACUCCAGCCACUCAGCUGGACAGCUUAAUAUACACAAACAGCAAAAUAAAACAAAACUGCGAAGUUAGCAUCAUUUGGAGGGAAUAUCAACCAACUCUCUCUCCCCCAUCAGCAGAGAUGGCCCUCAAAAUAAUCCUAACCUAAGGCAUAGAAGAAACACCAUGUUUUUAACACAGUAUAACACACUGAAGGGCUAAUAUUGUUAAAACUGGUGUGCUGUGUUAACUAAGUAAGUGUUGAUGAGCAAUACAUCGGCCCUGCUUUGCCUCAUCUAGGUGGCUUCACAGUGCAUUUAAAAGUUCACAGAGCUGAUGGAACUGGCUGCCUCCAAUAAGAUUGUCAUGGUCUGCCUAACACUUAUGCCAAUGACAUGGUUCAGCAAUUCAUCUUAAGAGGAAUUGUAGCAAAGAUAUCUGUGGAUGAGAAAUUGCAUGCUGGCAAUUCCCAUUGCGGACUACAUAUAGACUGACAUGAACAUAAUUUGACAGUGUUAAUGAUUCAGGUGCUACGAAGCAAAAUUCUCAAAUAAAACGUCAGUACUAACCCCAAUCAGUGCAUUCCUUGAAUAGCCAUCAAGUUAUUUUCAAUUCUUAGCAACCACAGAUAAUUAUUCUUCAUAACGAUCUGUCCCUAAUCUGGUUUUCAGCAUUGUUAUUGUCAUGAAGUCUUUCUAUUGUGUGCGCCUGGUCAUCUCUUUUUCCUCUUUCCUUAUCUUUAUUUAAUGUGUUUGAGGUAGAAUAAUUUGAUUCUGGUGAUUUUUGCCUCAACUGAGAACUUGUUCUUGAUUUGUUUGAUGGUCCAUUAAUUUGGUUUUUUGGCAGUCCUCACAAUUCAUAGAAAACUUCUCCAAUACCAAUGUUCAAAAGCAUCAAUACUGCUUAUUAGAUUUUUUUCAAAUCCCAUUUUCAUUACUUUAUAAGUAACUUAAGGUGGCAAACAU